AUGCAGCCUGAAGCUCAGCAGACAGCUCAACAAACAGCCACAGACAUACUGGAUCCUGCAGAUCAGUACCUGCGCCGGAGGAGGACGGCCCUGUGGGUGACUGUGUUUCUUCUGGCUCUGUCUCUUGUGGUGCUGACGGUGGGUCUCCUCUCUGCCACCCGCACCGACAAUGUGCCCGUCGCUGGGUAUUACCCAGGCAUCACCCUGAGUUUUGGAGCCUUUCUGGGAAUUGUCGGCCUCCACCUGGUGGAAAACCGCAGACCCAUGCUUGUGGCAGCGAUCAUCUUCAUCAGUAUCGGAGUCAUCGCGUCUUUCUUCUGUGCCAUCGUGGACGGGAUCAUCGCUUCAGAAUUCAUCGACAUGAGACCCCUGCAGGAGGACAUGUGCCACCACACCAGUGGAUCGGCCUACGCCUACGACAACUACUACACAGAGGUGACGUGUCGCUCAUUUGACAAAUCCUGCAAGCUCAAACUGAGGAGCAACACCUGCUACUGCUGCUACCUGUACAACUGUGAUAGCACAGACUACCACACACAGUACUUCGAGUUCACUGGUGUGAGCAGCUGCUGGGACGCGAUCCACCUGUACCGGCUGCUGUGGGCCUCAGUGGUGCUCAACGUGAUCGGCCUGUUCCUGGGCAUCAUCACUGCCGCCAUCCUCGGCGCGUACAAGGACAUGAAGCCUAAUCCUCAACUGGCUCCCAGCCCUGCACCCCCACCCCACAUCCUGUACAACCCCACCCAGCACAUGCUCACCUACGCUGGGCUCUGUUCAGGACAGAGUCUGCCUGCCUACCCCAACUAUCCAAUGUCCAUGCAGCAUAACAGCAACUACCAGGCACCUGCUACGCCCCAGAUGAACCCCGACGGAGGCCUCUCCUCCGGCUCCUGCCCGUCGGAGGAGAACCAGCCCCCCUCUCAGGCCUCCACCCAGCCUCAGGGAGCCACCCAGGAACCAGGCGGCUACAUGCUGACCCCCAACGCUCCCGUCCUCUACGGACCCUCCUUCGGCUCCUUUGAGAAACCUCCUCCCUACGCCUGCUGA